GCUGCCAGCCCACCAUGCUGAUUUCCAGUCCCCAAGUCAGGAGGACCCGACUCCUCUCCCUCCCAUCAGCGAGCGCCUGGCCCUGCUCCAUCCCUCCCGCGAGCUGCUGGACUACUACCGCCAGAGGAUUGCUGCCUUCGAUGAGGAGCGGGAGGAUUUGGUGAACAGGCUGGAGAGAUACAAAGAAACACAUGAUGAGCAGCGCAAGCUGCAGUGGGAAGUCCAUCAGCGAGAGGAGGAGAUCGCAGAGUUGCAGAAGGCUUUGAGUGAUAUGCAAGUCUUCCUCUUCCAGGAGAGGGAACAUGUCCUUCGUCUUCACUCAGAGAAUGACCGGCUGAAGCUCAGGGAAUUGGAGGACAGAAACAAAAUUCAACAUCUUCUGGCUUUAGUGGGAACAGGUGAAGGAGAAGUUACGUAUUUUCACAAGGAGCCUCCACAUAAGGUUACUGUUCUGCAAAGGUCGGUGGAGUCACAUGAACGAGAUGAUGUUUCUGGCACAGGUCCCAAGAGGAGCACUUCGAAACCAACAGCAAAAGGAGAGAAAGCAGAAAGUCCUGAGAGGUACCCGAGAGAUAAUCAAACACUUCUACUACAGGUGGAGGCCCUGCAAGCUCAGAUAGAAGAACAGACACGAUUAUACAAGGAACAUGUUGAGGCACUACUAGAGGACAGACGGAUUCACAUGGAGGAGGCCCAGGUCCAGCACCAGAGGGACCAGGACAAGAUCAAAACUACCAGAGAUAAGCUCCAUAAGACCCAAAAUCUCUUAUAUGAGAGUACCCGUGACCUUCUGCAGCUCAAGUUUGAUGCUAGAGCCAAUGAGAAAGCAUGGAUGGCAGAGAAGGACAGUCUGUUGAGGAAACUUGGCAAACAGCUGGAUCAGCUCAGCAGUGAACCAGGAAAAAAGGAGAGGAAGGAUACCAAGAAGAUGUUUCGAGCAGGUGAUGAAGCUUCAAAACUCCACAGCAGAGAAAUAAAGUCACUGCAAGAAAAGCUAAUGCAGCAGCAACACCUAUCAAACAUGUACAGAGAGCAGUGUGUCACCAUAGAAGGUGAGCUGGCUAGGAUUCGUGAGGAGAGAGAUGCUGGCAAAGAGCUCUUGAAGGAACGCUCAGAAAAGAUGGGGAAGCGCCUGAAGCUGAUGACUCAGCGAUGUGAGGCCUUGGAAAAACGUCGUAAUAUGGAAGUGGAAGGCUUCAAGAAUGACAUUAAACAGCUUCAGCAGAAGCUGAAAGAUGUAGAGAAGCAGCUUUUUAAGGUGACUCUGAACUUUGGACCGGACCAGGACCUUGCAGUGCUGCGCGAGGUCCUCCAAGGAAACAGACUGACACAUAAAAUUCAAGGGGAACUGAAAAACUUAAAAGCAAAAAUCUAUUGCUUAGAGAAUGAACUACAGAUCUGCUGA